AUGUCCUUUUCACAACCGCCGUCCUACGGCGCGUCAGACUCCCAGGACAACGCGUCCAUGCAACAACAGCAGCAGCAGCAACAGCAACAGCAACAUGGGCUUGAUUCUAUCACGCUCGGACAGCUCAGGGCGAUGGUCUCAUCGGCGCCAAAGCCUAAGCAAUCCUACUAUGAUUUCCGAUAUGAUGAUGAGGACACAGUCAUGAACGAGAUUGAUGAGUUCUACUCUUAUGUCGAGAUGCCACAGGUGGCGGAAAACCUCAAAGCUUGGCAGCAUGGGUCCUUCCCUGGCGACUGGACAAGCCCAAAUACAACCGAUGCCCAGAGGAAGGUACACAUCGAAGUAUUGCUUGAAAGUCUCGAACAUCGGGACGCCGAGGUCAGGUUCACGAACGCGCGGAGACUUCUCUAUAUCCUUCAAGGAACGUUCGCCGAAACGACGUCACCCGAACACCAGCUACACUGGGUCUAUCAGAACUGCAAGAUGGUCCGUGCCGCGAACGGCUUGAGUACCAUCGUUGAGUCGAUGAAGAUCGCCAGUCAGAAGCAUGAUCUUCUCAGCUCGCUCUCGGAUGCCGAUGCCGCUCGCUUUCACAUUUCUCCAGAGGAGAAGGCGGACUUCUUGGAGGAAGUCAUCACUGAAAUCUCUGUAUUGCUUGGGAUGCUUUACCACCUCAUCGAGAUAUUCAAGGAGCGAGACGACUUUGCGGACGAGCUGAUGAGCAUGGACCCUCCAUUACCUGUGUAUUUCUUCAAACUGGUAUCUAUACUGCGAGAUAGGGGUGCCAAAGGUUAUCCAAUCAAGAAGCUUCUUUUGGUCUUAUGGAAAUCGCUGCUCGCAUGCUGUGGCGGUAUACGAGAGCUAAGCCGAGUCAAAUUGCUGGCUCGCGAGCUGGCCGACCUGCCUAAUCUGGAGGACGAGGCUUUAUCCAUCAAAUGUUCUCCGUUUGACAUGGAAGCUUUCCAACAGGAGACGUCCGUCAAGUACCCAACGUUUACCGCACCGGCUCCACCAACCUCCCUUCCGAACAUACCAGCACCGAUAGCGAAGACCAAGGAAAGCCUUCCAACAUCGAAGCUCGCCCAGGCCUAUUCGCCGAUUCCUGUCCGCCACCAUUAUCACCACGAUGAUCAUGACACGCAAACCGGCAUUCCCGGCAGUCAGUUCCAUCAGCAAGGCCAGAACUCUGGAUACAGGCCGAAUCCUCAGCCAGCUACGCCAGCACCUUCACCACCUCCGUCACCGAAACCGAAGAAGCAGCAGUAUCAGACGGACCAGAAUCGUCCCUUUUUGUUCCCUUUUUCCAAGAAGAGCCAGAUACGUGGCGGGAACAGGUUGAUCCCCUUUGCGAUUGACGAGGCUGACAAGCUUUACAACAAACAUAUGUAUGUCAGCUUGGCGCUGUGGCAGAUGUGGCGGACCAGGGAGGAGUGUAUGAUUGCAGAGAGCGGGCUCGACUAUAAGCCUGAUCCAGAACAAGCUUUUGAAGAAUCCGAAAACGCUCAACCACUACGUGACAUUGCACAUAUAGAUACUAAGAUUACGGAAGCUGAAGCUGCUAUCGGGAAGGCCGAUAAACCUUCUGAAGAACGAAAGACCCGGGAACGGAAGGAAGAUCUCAUGCGUCUAAAGCGCGUCGAACAGAUAUAUGUGAGGUUUCUGAGCGCGGUGCUACCUUUACUGCCCGGCUGCGUCUCCGUGCUGUUGAAACUCGUGCUGGCGACUAUCUCCUCGCCACAACAAAACCAGCAGCAAGGGCCACAGUCAAACAAUUCUUCGAUGUUCCAGUCUGGAGUUGCGUCUCCUCCCGAGCAGCUACCACCGCCUCCACAAUCACUGGAAGAAAUUGAUGUCAUUCGUCAUCGAGAAAUCACCUCGAAAGCUGUUUCUGCUAUCGUUUUGUUGACCUUGAAAUGGUUUAAAGCCUCCCAUGUGAUGAAGUUCCACCAUCUUGGGCAACUAUUACUGGACUAUAACUGUCUUCUUCUCGUCCUGAAGAUGUUUGGCUGGCAAGAAGUCACUGCCUCGGUCGUUUCGAAAGCUGACUCUCCAGAUCACAACUUCUUCCGGUAUUGCCAAAUACACCAUGCGAGAAAUCCUCAUGCAACUCAUGAACAACCUCGCCCGCCUUUCCACGUCGUGGUUCAAACCAAGAACCUUCCCAACGGCCAGAAGCAUGAAGAGGAAGUCGAGAUGCUCUCCGAGUUUUCAUGGCGGAACUUCUUUGCCAUGAUUAAUUACGCGAAAAUCAUGCAGAAGCUGUCCAAGAGCCGCUCACAUCGCAUCUGGAUGCUCGUGCAAUACAAAAGCUCUGCCGUCCUCAAGCGGGUGCUGCGUGUCCCGCACCCGAUGCUGCAGUUACAUGUGCUGAAGUUGAUUAAAAGUCAAGUGCCGUUCUGCGGGCGCAAGUGGAGACAAUCAAACAUGAAGGUUAUUACGUCCAUAUAUUUGAAUUGUCGGCCAGACCUCCGUGAUGAGUGGCUUACUGGAACAGAGGUUGAUGAUAUUUCGGACGCCCAGGCGACCAACCAGGCCGCCGCGGCGCAUCGGCGUUCCGUCAGCCUUUCCCAGAACAUGGAAGGCCUACCACCCGGGUUGGAUAUCGGCAACGUCAUCAGGCCCCUGGGGACGCCGAACGUGGUGGAAGCGGACGUGUUCCCGCCAUCGCGGUCUCAGGCACCCGACCCGUCGAUAUUCCUGCCGUAUACGACCGAGGAUAUCGCGUUCGAAGAAGAGUACGAGGAGUACCUGUCCGAUCUUGGGUUCCACGAUGCGACGAUGGACACGAACCCCCUAUUCGGCGGCCCGAAUGCGAUGUCGGCGUGGUCGAGGCUGCCGGAGUCGGUCACGGACAUCACGGACAACAUCAGCGACAGCGAGAGUGUGGUGACGAUUGGCGACCUCGGCGAUGGCGAUGGCGACGGCGACGAUAAUCGCCUUGAUCCCAGCAGUACUGGGUCCGAGCUGCAAGACGAGAAUGUGAACAAUUGGGAGCAUAUGAGCCCGAAGACGAUGGCUGCUUUACCGAAGUCACCCGCGAGUGCGCGACGCUCGAGUUCUGGAUCAAGGUUACGCCCUGUGCUUCCCUUUAAGUUGGACGAUGGCAGUGCGGUUGACGCCGAAGAAGAGGAAGAGGACCUUCCGAUGGGUCCUGCGCCCAGGGAGCAGGAAGGACCCUUUGCCUCCGGUGGCGGCGUUGAUGAGGUGGAGUACGCUUGGGGGUGA